AUAAUUAUUUUUUCUCCAUAUCUAGCAGCUUGGUUUUUACUAUAAAUACACAUGCAACCUUCUCACUAUCUGCAUUAUCAAAUCCAAAAUCUAGCAAUCUCUGAGAUGAUGAUUUCUUUACAAUCUCCAGCCCUACAACUUAACACGUUAUCUUCUUGUUCCUCCUCCUCUUCUUCUUCAUCUUUAAAGCGAAUCAAAUGUUCUUUCAAUCUCCCCAAACUACCCAGAAUCUCUGUCUCUGUUCCAAAAGCACUUAUGAGAAGUAUGGUUGAGGAAAUUAACAGAUUCAAUGACAAAGCCCCAUUGUUGAAAGAGAAUGAUAAUACUAUCAAAACACUACAUGAUGCUGGUGAUAAUCAUUUGAAUUCUGUUAAUUCUAAAGCCAUCACUCAACUUUAUGCAAUUUUAGAAGCUGUAGCAGACAGAAUUGAAAUGCACAACAACGUUGCUCUACAACGUGACAAUUGGAACACCCUUCUGUUAAACUCCAUCAACAUGAUCACUCUCACGGCUUCAACCAUGGCUGGUGUUGCCGGCGUUGGAAGUGAACCAAUUUUGGCUCUGAAACUUUCAUCUGCUCUGUUGUUCUCUGCAGCCACAGGGAUGUUACUUGUGAUGAACAAAAUCCAACCGUCGCAACUUACAGAGGAACAGAGGAAUGCUACAAGGUUGUUCAAGAAGCUCAAGUCCUACAUCGAAACCACAAUCGCAAUUGGAAAUCCCACUGAGGAAGAUGUGAAGGGUGCAAUGGAGAAGGUUUUGGCGCUUGACAAAGCCUAUCCACUUCCCUUGUUGGGAGCAAUGCUUGAAAAGUUCCCUGCAAAGUUUGAACCAGCUAGGUGGUGGCCUUCUCAGCAGAGAAGUAACAAUGAGAAACAGAGCAUGGACAUUAAGAACAGGAAUGGAUGGAACAGGGAAUUGGAAAAGGAAAUGAAGGAGGUAAUUGAAGUGGUAAAGAGAAAAGAUAUGGAGGAUUAUGAGAGAUUGGGGAACCUGGCUUUAAAGAUUAACAAGGCUUUAGCUAUUUCAGGACCUUUGCUCACUGGAAUUGCAGCUGUUGGUUCUGUUUUUGCAGGGGAUCAUGGAUCAUUGCCUGCUCUGGUUCCAGUUCUUGCUGGUGCUUUGGCCACAGUUGUUAAUUCAUUUGAGCAUGGAGGGCAAGUUGGAAUGGUGUUUGAAAUGUAUAGAAACUGUGGUGGAUUUUUCCAGCUUUUGGAAGAGACCAUUGAAGCCACAAUUGAAGAGAAAGACUUGGAGAAGAGAGAAAAUGGGGAGCUAUUUGAAAUGAAGAUGGCUUUGCAGCUGGGAAGAAGUGUGUCUCAGCUAAGAGAACUUGCCUCAAAAUCUGCUUCCUGUCGUGUACAAGGAAGCGAGAUAGAUGAACUCGCUAGCAAACUCUUUUAGUUAAUUAAGAUCAACAUUCUUGAUUGAUUUCUUCAUUACAUCUUUACUUAGCCAUUCUUUCAAUUUGUUUAUAAUGUUGAUGUAUAUAAUACACUGUCAUCUGAUCUAGAGGAAUGAGAGUCUACUAGAUUAAAAAAGUAAUGUUUAGGUGUAGAUAUGAGAUGUUUUGUACAAAAUCAGACUGAAAAAGAUGUUAGCUUAUAUCUUACCCACAUCCAAUGAAUAUAUUUGUUAGCGGCCGUUUUAAACUGCCAGUAAUAUUUAUGAUGAUUACAACCA